GUAAACGUCAUAGCUAAAUGACGUAGACGGCGUAGUAGAACGAGUAGAAUGAAUGAGCGGAAGGACAGGGCAGCACGACACGAGAGACUUGACUCAGAGCACUGAGCGAGACAGUAUGAAGCUGUGAAGUGGCUUUUUUCUUUUGACACUGACAAUUAUUACAAUAUUACAACAUCUAAAAAAAAUCGUCUUGAUAGCACAAUGGCACGAGGAGAGGGCGCCGAGCAGUACGCAGCGAGUUUAUUGUCAGUCAAAUCUACAAAUACAGAGAUCAAGACAGUAAAGCCAAAUGACCAAAGAAACCGUCUGUCUGUGUGGAAUAAAUUGUGCUAUGCUAUUGGCGGGGCUCCCUACCAGAUCACAGGCAGCGCUCUGGGCUUCUUCCUCCAGAUCUACCUGCUGGAUGUGGCUCAGCUGGAUCCCUUUCAUGCCUCCAUCAUCCUGUUUGUGGGCCGGGCCUGGGACGCUGUCACAGACCCAGCAGUGGGUUUCCUGGUGAGCCGGAGUGGAUGGACCCGCGUCGGCCGCAUGAUGCCCUGGAUCCUUUUCUCUACUCCUUUUGCGGUGCUGACUUACUUCCUCAUCUGGUACGUGCCUCCCUUUGAGCAGGGGAAGGUCGUCUGGUACCUGAUCUUUUACUGCCUCUUCCAAUCAAUGCAGACGUGCUUCCACGUACCAUAUUCAGCUCUCACCAUGUUCAUCAGCAACGACCAGAAAGAGAGGGACUCUGCCACUGCUUAUCGUAUGAUGGUGGAGGUGCUGGGCACAGUUCUGGGCACGGCAAUCCAGGGACAGAUAGUAGGAGGUGACACAAACUGUCCCACUGAGCCUGAUGAACACGACAGGAGAAACUCAACCAACACGUCCAUAGUUUCACUGAAUGAGACGAAACAAGCUUACUUGAUUUCUUCAGGGGUCAUCUGCAUCAUCUACAUCUUCUGUGCCACAGUCUUGUUUUUGGGUGUGAAGGAGAAUAAAGAGAGCGGGCGAAAGGUAUCCCACCUCACCUUCUGUCAGGGCCUGUGGCUGGUGAUGGGUUACGGACCGUACAUCAAACUGGUCAUCGGCUUCCUCUUCACCUCUCUGGCCUUCAUGCUACUAGAGGGAAACUUUGCUCUUUUCAUUACCUACGCUCUCGGCCAUAGAAAGGACUACCAGAAUAUUCUCCUGGUCAUUAUGCUAUCAGGGACUAUGACCAUCCCGUUUUGGCAGUGGUUUCUGAGCCGGUUUGGGAAGAAGAAGGCAGUUUACUUUGGCGUCACGUGGGCAGUACCCUUCAUGAUCCUAAUCGUCUGCAUCAAGAGCAACCUGAUCAUUUCUUACUUGGUCUCAGUGGCGGCAGGUGUGAGCGUGGCGGCUGCUUUCCUCCUGCCUUGGUCAAUGCUUCCCGAUGUAGUGGAUGACUUCAAGGUGAAAAACCCAGACAUCCAUGGUCACGAAGCCCUCUUCUACUCCUACUAUGUGUUCUUUAUCAAGUUUGCCUCUGGAGUAUCCCUGGGUGUCUCUACACUCAGUUUGAAAUUUGCCGGCUAUGUGACUGGGAGCUGCUCACAACCUGAGGCGGUCAGUUUAACUCUGAAGGUGCUCGUCUCCCCUGUGCCUGUGGCUCUUAUAGCUGUGGGACUGUUGAUAUUGUGGACCUACCCUAUUGAUGAAGAAAGGAGGCAGGGCAACCGAAAACUACUGCAAGAAAUGCUGGACUCUGAGUCUGAAAUUUCAGUGCUUGGAAGCAGCGUGUAGCAGCAGAGGACGAGCCAGCCACCACAGCUGCUUUAAGGUGUUUGCACAGGCUAUCGAGGGACACGACCACCAACUCUCUGGACCAACAGAGGAGAAGCCGCAGACCACUGCUGCACAAACACAAUCCUCAUUAUGAGGCGCCCUACAGUGGAUCACACGGUUUACGUCGCCCUCUAUUGGCCGGUCAGUAGCAUCGCAGGUGUGAAGUAAUUAACUGAUACCCUUAAUCUUCAGCUGUGUUCAAAUUAAGCUUCCAUCUGCUAAAACUAGAAAGCAUACACAAUUUAAAAAUGUACACAGUGGGUUAUAUUGGCAGAACUAAAGUCCUGGGUUCACUCACUGUCAUACCAUUUCCUUCAGAGGUUUUUUUCUUUCAUUGCCUAGUUGGAACACAGCACUGGGAUCUGUUCAUAUUUUAACCUAAACGUAAUAUCUAUUACCAAACUGGACAGUAAAAUCUGACCACCUUAUCAUUUUUUUUUUAUAACGUUCAACAACUACAGCUCCUAUAAGUAUAUGGCUCAUGGGAGCUCAAACAUGGAGUUAUACGGAUAUUUGAUACGGAAAUCCAAGUGAUUUUUCCAAAGAUGUGUGAUUUCAUUGCAUGUAGAUGUCUACAGUGUUAUUGCAUUGUGGGACAACAGUUUUCAUCUAUUCCAUGUUUACACUACAUCCUGAAAUACUAGGUUGGAAAUGGGACACAGCUUGUGAGUUGUGGUGUUUAUGAAGUAUUUAUUUGCUGUUUGACAAGAUCUGACUUUCACUCGUUCAGACUGGAGUAUAAUGUUACCUUUGAUGUUUACUAUGUCUUAGGUCACUUGUGUUUUAUUUUCCAUUCAAAUAGUGCUCUGAAGGAAAUAAACAAGAGGAGCCCUUAUUUACAAAAGGGCAAACCACCACUAUUUCACUAAUUGGAGUUGUAUGGAGGUGUGCUACACUUUCUGCGUUAAGUUUUAGGCGUUUCCUGUAGAUUAUUUCAGAAAGGCAAAAACUUAAAGUGUACUUGAAUUUUCUGAAGGGAAAAUGCACCUUGUGGUAUUAUGUAGUGUAUAUAUGAAACACACAUCUUUAAUAACUAAUUGCAAUGAGAUUUACUGUUUUAUUAUUAUAUUAUAUUAAUAUAUAUAUUAUAUAUAUUAUGUAAGGUUUUGGUACUGAAAAGGGUUUCCCUUCCUGCCUUUUUUGUGCCUUACCAUUUCAGCCUAUCUCCAUAAGGUUUAAAAGACAUUUCUAAAAUGUCUUCAUUUAGCAUGUUUUAAACAUGCUUUAUUUAAAUAUUUAUUCAAACAAACUAUUUAAGGGGUUUUAGGUUUUUCUUAUGAAAGCACAUGUGUAUAAUAAUUUAUCAACCGUGAAUGGUUAUUGAGUCAUCUGUGAUUUUCAAGUCCUGUGAGAAUUUAUUUUUCUGUUUUCUUACAAAAGAAAAUAUCACAAGUUGCUAUACUGUGACAAACAUGUUUCUUAACUGUUUUGUGAUUCUGAAAAACAGCUGUCAAAUCUUAGUUUUUCGGUUUUAGGGAGUCCUCACUUUAGAUUACUUAAUUUAACAACUUAAAAAAAAUUAACCAAUUGGUUAAUUUAAGAGAAUGCAUUUCAUGUGUUGUUUAUUUGUAAUUGCUCUGAAUGAACUGGAUGUAGCACAUAUCUGGUCUUGGUCUUCUUGGUGUUUAUGUGCAGCUGUAUGUAUGUAGGUAUGUAUAUACGUUUUUAUGACAUUGAGCAAUAUGUAAAUCAGCAAGGACACAACUUAAUAUGCUGUUAAUUUGUAAGUCUGUAAAUAAAGUUUGCCAAAACAGAG